ACUGGUUGGGUGUGUCCGGGUUAAGUUUGUCAAGUUCUUACACCGUAUAUUCACACCAUUCUUUUCUGUCGCUGCGGGAAUUUACAUCUCUCCCAAUGGAUCGCUAUCACUUUAGGCUGCAUUUGCUAUUUUUGGCCAUUUUUGGAUGCUGUGAUGGCAGCAUGCUACUGAGCAAUACUGCAAACGGGGUUGUUGGUAAAAACGUGACAUUUUUAACCACCAUCACCUCGUCAUCGUCUUUUUUGACCAUAACGUGGGGUUUCGAUGUCAAGGGGAAAAUUUCACCGAUUAUCACGAUCGUCCCGACAAAGGAAACCAUCGAUCCAAAAUACGCGAACCGGAUCGCGUAUAAUAAAUCGACGUGCGCGCUGCAGAUCAAAGAUCUGGUGAUGGCAGAUGCAGGGGAUUAUAUUCUCUCUGUGGUCAAUAACGAGGCUCAAUCAACAGCUGAACAGAUUACUCUUGAGGUUUUAGAGCCCGUAACUGAUGUCAAGAUUACGGCCAAUCUUCCUGAUGCUGUCGAAUUCAACAGCACCAUGGUUCUCACGUGCAGUGCUAAAGGCUCUUACACUUACAAAUGGAUAAACGGUUCAACCCCCUUGGUGGCAGAUGGCACGCACGUCACAGUCGUCAAAAACGAACUGACGGUUACCGGAGUUUACCGUACGGAUCUGAUUGGACCGAUCUACUGCAUAGCGGAAAAUGCAUUAGAGUCCGGGAAAAGUGCUCCUUUCAAUAUGUCUGUCAGUUAUGGUCCUGAAAACAUCGCUUUGUCUCAGACUCCAGCCGAUCCUUUCCUAAAGAAAGGCUCCAACAUAACAUUUGCGUGUUCGGCCAAGUCUGACCCACCUGCGCAGCUUCAGCUGAUGUUCAAUGGAGUGGAGAUAUCCAAGCAGGCCAGCACGACUAUCACCAAUUUAGAAGAAAAACACAAUGGCAACUACACCUGCGUGGCUUCAAAUCCCAAGACGUUGCGCUUCAUUGCGUCGCAAGUCUAUACGAUAACUGUUGUGGAGCCCAUUAGUGGAACAAGUAUCAGUAUCAACCCCACCUCACCUCUCAUCGCUGGAAACAGCAUGGUCAACCUCACCUGCACGCCGGCUGCCGGCAAAGCUGACAGCGUGGAGUGGUAUAAGGAAGAAAAACCUGUGGUUCCUGACAGUAAUGUCAUUCUCUCAUCAGACAAGCGAACUUUAACCGUUCUUAAAGUUCGUAAAACGGAUGCUGGCGAAUACAAGUGCAAGCUGACAAACAAAGUGAACAGCGACACGGGCAAAAAUAAGGUGGUGGUGAACUAUGGUCCAGAGAACGUGAAGGUGGAUGGAAAGAACAAUGUGAAGUUCGAUGAGGCCAUCGGGUUGUCCUGUAAUGCCGACUCUGUUCCUCCCAGCACUUACACAUGGAAACUCAAUGAGACGGUCAUGAACAUCAGCUUGGGGAGGUACAACAUCUCCAAGGCCAGUAUGAGUGACAGCGGCACGUAUACCUGUGUAGCUCGCAACCCCCUUACCGGACUGACCCUCAACACCACGCAUAAACUCACAGUGACAGAGACCGGUGCAUCAGCUGAUGGACUUUCAGGGGGUGCCAUCGCUGGUAUCGUGAUUGGUGUGCUCUUGGCUGCUAUCAUCAUCGGUUGUAUUUGUUGUUGCAGGAAGAAACCAACAGAUGUCCCAUCGCCGUAUUAACGCAAGACAUGACGGCGUGACGUAACCUGAAUCAACCCUUUCUAAGAAGACCAACCCUUCAGCCACCUAUCAGUCUUUCAUCUGCAAAAAUCCCUCUACCAAGGCAACUGGAAAAACUGCCUUUACAACACCUACAGGGUUGCCCACUUACAAAUCCACAGAUGCAUGAACGCUUUAUAAAUAUCCCUCUCCGUUUUCCCAAUUCCCUGUGUUACCCUAUGACAACUUACCCCAAUCUAAACUGAUAGAGGAUGGAGGGUAAGCAAAGAGACUGUUUACCUCACCGCAUUAUUUCUUAGCCUUAUCUACGUUUUUUGACCUCUUCGCUUCCUUCCCUUGGCUGAAGUGGACACCUUCCUUUUGUUCUUUAAGAAACCCGAUCCAGCCUCCAUCAACCUCUCAGUCCUUCAGCCAAACCCUAAAACAAUGGAUUGUCCUGGCCUGACAUCACAGAGGUCAGAUGUAAAAGAGCUCGGCAUUGGGUAACGAAAUCCUCUCUGAAAAGCGCUGAGGAGUGACGAGACCGCGUCACGUGUUUGAGAUCUCGACGCACCAAAACACAGAGAUUCGAUGACCUGCUCGGCAUGCUCGGGGCAGUGAAGACACACAAGGCCGACUGACUUGAACCCGAAGGCACUGCCGAGUCCCCGACAGGAGGUCAUUCAGAAAUAAUGCAUGCCUUGAAGCUCAAACGCAUGAUUCAAAAUUUACGCUCGCCGUCCUUUUUAAAUCGCAUUACUUGAUUCUUGCAUUUUGUAGUAAGCCAUACAAUCGAAUUUGGAGAAGGAGACGCGUUCCAACAUGCUCGAACUGAGAAGCGGGAAGAAAAAAUGCAUUUCUGUGGACGCUGACAUACCACAGUUGUGCUGCGAAAUUGCUACUCUGGCCUUGGGCGUCUCCGUAAAGAUUCAAUCUGCUGUAAUCAGGAUACUAAAACCGGCCCAUUUUAAAAGUCACCUUGACUCGAGCUGUCACACAAAAACAUCUGAAGUUAAACACAACUCAGUAUUUUUGCUAACACUUUUGUUUUGCAGAUUGUGUGCCAGUAUGUCAGAAUGAUUAUUAUUAUUAUUACUUUUUUCUUCUAAAUUGAUUUAAUCCUUCGUUGUGAAUGAAUACACAAGGCUAUUGCAGUGAUAUCCUACAUACUAGUUUUUGUAAUGAAAUGACUAAGACCAAGUAGAAACUGACCGGUUGCUUUGGCAGGUUACCGAACGAAUGAGCAACCUCAUGGCUUACAGUAGGCACUACUGGGCGAAUGUUUUAUCACCUUAUAAUAUAAAUGGCCAUCCCUACUUUUAUAUCCAUCUUCUUUUAGAAGCACACUAACACACAUAUGUACACGUAUUUUCCUCUUAGCAUUAAAAGACACAAAAGCACAAAUGCUGAGCUUUAUAACUCCUUGCAAACCUGUAGACGGUUUUAUCUCCAUCAGCCUGUGUAUGUUUUUUAGCGGUCUGUGCUCUUUGCAUGGAGAAAGCUGUAAUUACACUGAAUUAGUGGUUAGUUUUCGCUGGCCACAUUGUUCAGAUAGACGUCUCUGGGUUGGCCAUACUGAACAUGAUCGUUUUACGGGGAUUAGAUAAAAACAGAUCCCUGCAUACUUGCAUUAGGUGUUAAUGUGAAAUAUGUUUUUACAUAUAGGCUAGAUAGAAUUUGAAAUAUAAUUGGACGAGGUCAAAUUUUGUUUUUUAGAGAAAUACUUUAAAUACCGCUUUAAACCAAAUUAAGAUCAUGCACUGGACUUGAAGCGUUUUCGUUGCGAACAGCGUCCGUCAUUUGUGAAAAUUUUCUCAGGUUGUAUACAGGUCGAAAUAAACAGUGCAGCCGUGUUAUAUAAUCUCAAUGUUGCUUUUAAUGUAAUUUAUUUUCUAAUGUUUCACAUGUUUAAAAAAGAAUGUUCAACCUGCCCAAUGUUUUGUGUUAAUCAUUGAAAAAGGAUUAAAGGGAAAGUUCACCCAAAAAUGAAAAUUUGACCCAUUGACUUUCAUAGUAGGUGCAACAAAUACUAUGGAAACAAUGGGUACUGUCAACUGUGCAUACCAUCAUUUAUCAAAAUAUCUUCUGUUGUAUUCAAUAGACUAAAGAACUCACACAGGUUUGUAACAACAUGAGGGUGAGUAAAACAUUUUUUAAUUUUGGGUGAACUGUCCCUUUAAGCCACACACACCAAAAAAAGAAAUACCGUGCCACAUCACGGGUCACACGAAGAAAACGUUUUUUAUUUCUUCAACCAGACAUGUUAUUGACUUUCUGUUGUAAUUGGAUUAUUGUAUUUUUUAUUUUGUGUAAAAGAGAGAAUUAAAUGAAAACAACUUA